UGAGAUCUGAGGAGGGCGUAACGUGGUCUCGCCGGGUAAAAGAGAUUUGACAGUUGCAGGUCUGGAGCUCAUCCUCCACUUGACUCUUCCUCCGUGGGACGGAGACCAUGGCGGCGGCUGCUGCCUGUCCCCAGCACAGCGCUGCGAUGAUGGCCAAAAAGACGCACGGUAACAGGGAACACAGUCGGAGGAACCGGGAGAACUCUCGUCGGAGACAAGCAGCUCUUUUAUUUCUUAGUAACAUCUCACUGGACGGACGGCCAGUGCAUAGUAAUUCAGACGAGCAUGGAGGAAGCCACAAAGAGACCGACUUUGAGGGAGCGGACUCGGCGGCCGGGUUGUGCCCGGAGAUGGGCGGCCGAUACGGAACAUUCUCCAGGUUGGCAACGGCAGUGAGCUGCGGGAACGUCAAUCCCUCCAUGGGACCGAGGACAGGACUAUUGAACAUACCGCCUAUCCUAGUCCUGCCGUCGGACUCGGGGUUUAACGAUGUGGGGAGCGCGGAGGGGCUGCUGCAGUGCCGCAGAGGCUCGGUCCCCUCGGCCGGGAACCUGCUCCCCUCGCCUGGGAACCUGCUCUCCGCGUCCCCGUCCAACGCCAGCCUCCUGCCGUCGCCUCUGGGACCGCGGAAGUCUUCCACACUUCUGUCGGUACAAAGCUGUAACUCUGUGUCCUCAGAGCCGCGACAGAGGACUCGUAACCUCUCUGGUGGCUCUCCCAGACCUCGGCACACCAAGAAGACCCACUUCAUCAAAAACAUGAAACAGUACGACACGAGAGGCAGCAGGAUCGUGCUUAUCUGUGCGAAGAGAUCUCUGUGUGCUGCCUUCUCUGUUCUGCCCUACGGAGAGAGCUUCUACCUCAGUGACCCGACAUUAAACCACACCAGGAGGAGACACUCGUCGGGGAACAUCUCCACCACUCUGGAGAUGCUGCCGGGGCUGGAGGGCUUCCAGCUGGACCCCUACGGCAGGUCGGUGUCCUACGCCCAGUUCCUGUACCCCACCAACGCCCUGGUGAGGCAGAAGCCGGCGUCGUCCUGCGACCUCACGCUGCAGAUCCCCGUCUCCAGGAGCACACACAGCAUGCCGGGCAGGAGCGCCCCCCCCAGCCGGCUGAACAGCACCGUGGGACUUGACUUAGGUCUGGAAGAUGUAACAGACUACGACCCCAACCUCCUCAGUGACCCCCAGUGGCCGUGUGGGAAACACAAGCGGGUGCUGAUCUUCGCCUCCUACAUGACGACGGUAAUAGAAUACGUCAAACCUUCUGAUCUGAAGAAAGACAUGAACGAGACGUUUAAGGAGAAGUAUCCUCACAUUAAACUCACCCUCAGCAAGAUACGCAGUCUGAAGAGAGAGAUGAGGGUGGUGGGGGAGGACUGCGGCCUGCAGCCCGUCACCAUCGCCAUGUCCUUCGUCUACUUUGAGAAGUUGGUGCUGCAGGGUCGACUCAAUAAACAGAACAGGAAGUUGGUGUCAGCGGCCUGCCUCCUACUGGCUGCUAAGAUCAGCAGUGACCUCAAGAAACAGGAGGUCAAACACCUCAUCGAUAAGCUGGAGGAGCGUUUCAGGAUCAGCAGGAGGGAGCUCAUAACCUUUGAGUUCACCAUCCUGGUCGCCCUGGAGAUGGCGCUGUACCUCCCUGAGAGCAAAGUCAUGCCUCAUUUCAGGAAGCUGGUGAAGCAGGCGUAGCAGAGACACACUGGGUGUUUCUCAAUGUCGAGGAAGGAUGCUCCAGAGCCACUAUUCCAAGCAUACUACGUCAUCGAGUGCC